CAUCUAUCUCUCCCUACUUACCUACACGCCACCUGCCACAUGGGCCUUUCUCCUCUCACACACUCUUUCUCUAUUUUCACGUCUCCCUCACCUCAUAUAAUCUCUCUCACUCACUCAAAAUGAAGACACACACUAUUCACCUGCCUCAUAGGAUUAUCUCCUCUCUCCACUCACAAAACCAAAAAGACACUCAAAACAGAAACAAAAAAAGAGAAAAAAAAAGCUUCUUCUCAUCUUCCUCGCGAACAAACCCUCCAACUUCCACCUUCACACCACUGCCGGCAUCAUCCAACCACCAUUAACUUCGCACCACAGCACCGUGAAACUCGCCCGAAAACCUCACCUCUCCACUCGCACCGCUGCGGAAGAACCCAACAACUCUCUUGCCGCCGUUCACCAACUCCGACCGGCGACACCUAACGCCGACCUCUUUCAACCAUCACACAACCGCCGAUAGGUACUGCUAUUUUGUUUCUUAACUGGGCAUUUGGGUAUGGUGUGAGACUUAACGGGUGCGAUACGGUACCGUAGCCAGUUUUACCAACUUGGUUCAGCAAGCGAGUUCGUCAAGCCUGCGUUCAAGAUUUGUGUGUAUUACCAGCAAACGUUCGGUUCUAAAAUGGAUUUAUGAUUCAUUACGGUGUCAUAUGUCGAAUUCAUGCCGACGGUCUCGUGCGAUCAUUUUUGGGGCAUGUUGAAAUCGAAUUAGAGCCGUGAACACUCGACUAGGAUGCUGCCUUUUUCUUGGCUUUAGUCGAUGUCGCUGGUGCUUAUUGUUUUUUUUUUGAAAUUUCAUGGCUGUGAUUUAAAUGUGCAUCUUCCAUUUUUGCAAUUUAUCAGGGUGUUUGUAUCUGAGUACUGUUGUGAAUUUUCGACAGUGUAAAUAGUUGGAUAGAUGUUGUUAUGUUUGCAUGCUGGAAAUGAACUCAAGGCAUUGAAACCAUGCAUUAUUUAUUUCUUUAGGAUGUAGAUACCCGUCAUGCUUUUGUUUGCUACCAAUUAUGAUUUUUGCAAGUUUGAAAAGUCAAGAUAUUCAUAUGUGUUAUCAUAUUCUUUAAUAAAAUCCAUUUGUUUUCUUUAUUAUUUAGAAUUAUUAGUUGAAUGAGGUAACCUACUACUAUAUGUAUGCAUUGCCGUUUUAUUAUUAUUUUUAUAGGUAUUAUGACUCCUCCAAACUUGGUUGUGUACAUGUUAUGACCUUGGGCCAAUAUGAUUUGAAUUUACGGUAGCAUGUUGUUUCCAUUUUUUUCCAUUACUUUCAACUAUGGUGUGUUGUACACAUUGGAUUGUUGCCAUUUUAUUUCAUUAUAUUAAAUCAGAAUUUUAAUUCACGGAUCCGGCAAUUUCAUGUCGGUAUAUCGCCAAAUUUCAAUAAAUUAAUAGAACACUUCACCGCGUUUCAUUCUCUACAUACGAUAUUUCGACUCUAUUGUCGUUAUGUAUAAACCGGUUUGAGCACACUGUUUCAAUUCAAUUAUAUUUUAUAUUAUCACUUGUAUCCUUUUAAAAUUAAUUAAUUAAAGUUUUGAUUAAAUUAAGAUAAUUUUGUUAAUUAAUUUUAAUUAACUUAAUUAGUUGAUUACGUUUACUCUUAAUCAAAUAACUUUGAUAAUUGAUUUUAAUUACCUUAAUUAGAUGACUUAAUUGAAUUUUAAUCAAUUAAUCUUUGGACCGAUUCAUUCCACUAUCAUCCUCUUUUCAUAAUAAGAAAUUCAAUUACAUCAUAAGAAAUUCAAUUUCAUUCCAUUUCAUCGUCAAUUCAAAACCAAUGACACAAUUCUCGAUUCCAUCAAGUCCAUUUUCCGUACCCUUGUAAGUCGAUCACUCUUAGCAUCGCCAUCAACCUCACAUAGCUUACUCUUGGGCUUUCUUACAAUGAGACAUAUUCAAUUUUAAUCGAGUAGAUGAUUGAUUCACUAAAUAAAUCCAAUUCAUCCACCAAAAUGAAAAUUUUAAAACCUCGAUCCGACAUCGAAUAUUCUUUAUAAAAGUUAAAUUAAAAUACUUAAUCACAUGUAAACAACAUUUCAUUUGGAAAUGAAAAGGUGGAUGGUUUUGAGUUUUCAACUCCUCCCCUUGAUUAGUUGAAUACGAGUUCUCUUACUCGGUUAGUCAAAUAGUCGUCAUUUCUAUCCACUUAAGCACAAAUAAAUCAAAUCCUUUCAUAAUAAGAAAUGAAAAGGGAGAUGACUUUGAGUCUUCAAUUUUUCUCCUCGACUAUUUGAAUACAAGUUCUCUUACUUGGUUAGUCAAAUAAUUGUUGUUCCUCUACAAGCCUCCAAACCCCGAUAAAAUCAAAUUAUUUUCACAGUAAGCUAAAUGAAAACGGAGUUGACUUUGAGUUUUCAAUUUCUCUCCUCAAUUGGUUGAAUACGAGUUCUCUUACUCGGUCAGUCGAACAAUUGUCAUUUUUCCACAAACAUACAACUUAAUCAAAUCAUUUUCUUAACAAACUAUACGAAAAGGGAGAUGGUCUUGAGUCUUCAAUUCCUCUUCUCAAAUGCUUGGAUAUGAGUUGUCUUACUCAGCCAUUCGAGUACUUGUCGUUUAUUCUAAAAUACGUCAAUCAUAUGCAACCUUAUUUUCAUAAUUAAGGAUGAAAAAGAAAGUGGUCUAGAGUCUUCGGUUCCCUUUCCCGACUGUUAGGAUAUGAGUUGUCUUACUCUACUAUCCGAGUAAUCGCCAUCCAACCAAAAACAACGAAACCAGUCAAAACAUCCAACAUAUUAAUCUAACUUGUCACCUCCGUGUGACCAAAACUCUUUUCAGAAAGAACAUUGUUAAUCCUUUCUAAUGCGCAUAACAAACCAACGCUUAAGCCUCCGCCGAGAGUAGACAAGCCAACGUUUAGCCUUUAGAACGCGAUCUAAAUAGUUGUUCACUAAAAGACACCAACCAACCGUAGUUCCCCGAACUACGAAUGCUCUGAUUUCCUUAUUUAAGGAUACGUAGGCAGGAGAUUGUUGUAUCUUCGCGAGCACACUAAUAAAAAAACCUCCCCUUUCCCUUUCUGAGGUUCUCAUCCAUUUCUAUUUUUCAAUAUCAUAUAACCCAAAGAUAACAAACAAGCAUAAAUUAACACACGAAACAUACAUUAGAACUAAAAGGUUCCCGUUGAGUACAACAGACGUAAGGGGUGCUAAUACCUUCCCCUUACGUAAUCCACUCUCGAACCCGAAUAUGGUUGCGACGACCAUUAUUCCAUUUCCUUAAGGUUUUAUCGAUAUUUUCCUAUCCCUUCAUUGGGAUAAAUAAAGUUCGGUGGCGACUCUGUUCGAACACUAAUUUUUUCCGCGACCAUCGCGAGGAAUCGUAUUUUUCGAGAUGCGACAACUCCGCAACAAAUUGAAGAGAUCAAAUUCUUGAAGCAGAAUAAUCCCUACUCUAACACUUACAACCCAGGUUGGAAGAAUCAUCCAAAUUUCUCCUUGAAAGAUCAGAGAGGGAAUGUUCCGCAAUAGGGUAUAGGGUAAUAUCAGACUCAGUAUCAGCAACAUUAACAACAACAGGCACCUAAAAAGGCAGACUGGGAAAUUGCCAUUGAAAACCUGGCAGCUCAAAAUAGGCAAUUUGAAGAAGAGACUAGAAACAAUCAGAAAAACACCACCGCCUCCCUAAAGAAUCUUGAAGUUCAGCUGGGGCAGAUAGCACAGCAACUGGCAAGUUCUCGAACACCAGGUUCCCUACCAAGUGAAAUAGUUCAAAAUCCGAGAGGUCAGGAGAAUGUUAAUAUUGUCACGAUGACAGAGAAAAAGACUGCUAAAAAAAUUAUAUCAUCGAGCGAGCCGACUAAAGAAGAAACUACAAAAGGAACUAAACCGGUGAUUAAGUUGCCUUACCCUCAGAGAAUGACAAAGAAGGAACCUAGUGAGUCAGACUUGGAGAAAUUCAUGACAAUGUUUAAAAGGGUUGAGAGUCAUAUGGCCUUGUUUGAAGCACUUGAAAGGAUGCCCAUGUACAAGAAAUUCAUGGAAGAGGUAAUGGCUGAAAAGAAACCAACCACUGAAGAACAGGUAUCCGGGAAGGAACAAUAUAAUGCAAACUCACUGGAGCAGAACAUUCCUAACAAACAAAAGGAUCCAGGAACUGUCACAGUACCAUGCACAAUCAAAGAAAGAACCUUCAAAAAGGUACUAAUAGAUUCUGGAGCUAGUGUGAAUCUGAUGCCAUUAUCGAUCUAUCACAGGAUGGGUAUUAAAAAUAUCAGUGAUAUAAAGACCAAUCUGAAGUUUGCAGAUCACUCAAGAAAAGAUGCAUAUGGUAUAACUGAAGAUGUGUUGGUAACAAUAGCGGACUUGAAUUUUCCAGUUGAUUUUAUAAUCCUAGACAUACCUGAAGAUAAUGAGGCACCCAUCAUUAUGGGCCGACCUUUCAUGAAGACAAGUCGAUGCAAGCUCGACAUGGAUCAAUGCACGUUAACCUUGAAAGUUCACGACAAGGAAAUAACAUUGAAUGCUAUUGAAGACCAGGAGCUGGAGGAAGAUACAGAAUCUCAGUAUCAAGUAGGCUUGAUCAAGACAUUGAAUGCUAUUAAAAUCUCACCACUUCCAGUAGCCACCCUAAAUGGAAAGAUUCCCAACACCAAGAGGAAGGUUAAAAAGGAAUUGUGGCACAAAGGAGUCCCCACUGAGAAAAGAGACAACGUCCUAGUUGUAGACAAGAAGUGCAACAACGUUUUGAACCUGAAAUACCCCCCAUAAUAAGGGGAAUGAACCGUCGAGCCAUGCGACGUUAAACGAAGCGCUUCAUGGGAGGCAACCCAUGCUUUUUAUUUCUAAGCAUUUGUGUGUGUAUGUAGGAGUUCUACCAGGAGGAGCCAGAGGAACCAGCGGUUGACCUGACAAGAAAACCCAAAAACGGCCAAAAGGACAGUCUGACACGGCAACCCUGUCAGCUGACACGGGCCGUGUCAGAGGAGGAAAAUGCAUGAAGGUGUUGGAAAACAGUGGCCUGACACGGCCACCCUUGUCAGGAGCACUGAAGGAAAAUUGGUUGAGGUUUGGUAAAACAGUGGCCUGACACGGCCCGUGUCAGGAACACUGUAAAAGAAGUUGUGGAAAAUGGUAAAACAGUAGCCUGACACGGCCACCCGUGUCAGCUGACAAGACCGUGUCAGGCGUGCGGAUUUUUUGAAUUUUUUUUGAAAAUUUUUAAUUUUCGUGGGGCCCACCCACUUAAACCACUCUUAACCACACUUUUUUUCCCUUAUCAGUCAUCAUUAUCAGAUUUUUACACAACUUAUCAUCACUCUCUCUCAUACUUUUUAUCUUCUUCUCUCACUCUCUCACAAACUCCAUUAAAACUCACUCACCUCACCACACAAAACCCCACAUGCAACCAAGUUCCACUCACCUAUAGCUCAAACACCCUUCACAAAUAUUUCUCACCUUGCUGUCCCGGUCGCAACAACGGUUUUAGGUUUUUCUAACUCAAAAGUUCAGAAUAUUGCUAUUUUACAGGUCCAAAAUGCCCCCGAGAAGAAUCCUUACCGGAAAGCAACAACUCGCAGAGAUGGCGAAGUCCCGGAAGCGCCCGAGCCGGAAUCCUAAUCCCCAUAAUAUUGUGUUUGACAACCCGAAGCAAGAGCGACGUUACCAAAUUCACCGGAAGCGCAAGCUCACGCCGACCAGGUAUAUGUGUGAGAAUACUCUGACCGCUCUAGGGAUGAAAAUUGAGGUAGACCGAAUGUUCCAUGUCUUGGGCAUGCUCGAGUUUAUGAGUUUGGAGGCGCCGACCUACGAGCGCAUUACUCUCGAGUUCCUCGGUACUUUGGAGUUCCAGCUGGAAAAGCGGUGGGUUAACACAACCAGGUAUUAUUUUGGCACCUUACAUUUAUGGUUGUUUAACAAUUAUCAUGAGUUGUCUGUUGAGGAGUUAGCUGCAAUACUCUGACUCCCGCUGAACGGACCCGCAGCUGUCCCA